AUUUUAUAGUGACUGUACCCAAAGAAGAAGUACAUGGUAAACAUCAUCUUGCCCCAACAAAAAAAAAAAUAAAAGAACGAAAAAGCUUUCUUUUAAAUUCAAUACAAAAUGGGAACUGAGGUAAACAAUGUUGCUGGGCAGAAUGCGUCUGGUACCAUUACUUCUUACAAGCUGAAACCUUCUCUGGGUGAAACGUUUAAAGGGGUUCUCAUAAAAGAAAUUAUCCAUGACGUGCUGUCUGAAAAGCUACAAGGAAAAGCAUAUAAUGUUGAGGAGGUGUCCCAAUGGACGAAAGAUAUUACCGAUACCAUAAACACGACCAUAAGAAAUAAGCUCGUAAUGCCUCGAUACAAGUAUAUUGUGCAAGUGAUGCUAGGACAACAACUUGGUGCUGGAUGUCAUUAUUAUGCCAAAUGCUGCUGGGAUGCUGAGUCGGAUUCUCAAAUUUCUGACGUUUUUAGCAAUACAAGUCUUUUUUGUGUAUGUACUGUUUUUGGCGUAUAUUUAUAUUAGCAAUUAAUAUUUUUUUAUAAUAAAUAAUGUAGUUCUACUUGUCUAA